CGCGUUCAAGUAUUAGCACUCACAUGCUCGCUCGCAGAGCUCAGUCAGCCUUUGACUCAGUGGUGGCAGAGGGGAUCCAGGAUUUUCACUUGUCAGUUAACUCCGCGAUACCGAAAUCAAGUGCAUCCCUUCAGCCAACAUGUCAAAGUUGGAUCAGGUCCUUAUCCUCGACCCUCCGUCUGACCUCAGAUUUAAAGGUCCUUUCACAGAUGUCGUCACCACCAACCUCAAACUGAAGAACCCUUCUGACAGAAGAGUGUGUUUCAAAGUGAAAACAACAGCGCCUCGCAGGUACUGCGUACGGCCAAACAGCGGUGUCAUUGAUGCCGGAGCAAGUGUCAGCAUCUCUGUCAUGCUACAGCCCUUUGACUAUGACCCCAAUGAGAAAAGUAAACACAAAUUCAUGGUGCAGACUAUUUUUGCCCCACCAAAUGUCACCGACAUGGAUUCAUUGUGGAAAGAUGCAAAACCAGAUGAUCUCAUGGAUUCCAAGCUGAGAUGCGUUUUUGAGCUGCCUUCUGAAAAUGAUAAAGUGAAUGACGUGGAGGUGACCCGAUCCGCCCCUGUGAUGAACUCUGUGAAGACUGAGCCAUCGGCAGCCGCGGUGCCCAUUGCUGCCGCAGCGGACGACACAGAGAUGAAGAAAAUGGUGGAGAAGUGCAAGAGACUGCAAGCUGAGAUGAACAAGCUGAAUGAGGAGAACCGGCAAUUAAAGGAGGAUACUUUGAGAAUGAGAAAGAUGCCCCGCUCAGAUCACAUGACUUCAAACUCAACUAGCCUGCUCGGCCGGGAAACCAGCGCCGCCUCCCUACCGUCCCUCCUUGUUGUCAUAGCGGCCAUCUUCAUCGGAUUUUUCAUAGGGAAGUUCAUCUUGUAGACUGGGAGAAGCGUGCCAGCUGUAUCCCACGCCCCGACUCUGGAAUUAAAAAGGCCUGGAAAAACCGAGAAGUCUUUCUGUUGACUUUUGCCAUAUCAUUGGUAGUGUGGCCUACAGUGAACGCAUCUGUACAAUAUCAUUUGAAGGCGCUGGCUUUUUAUGGUCUCUCACAGUAUGCACAGAGUUGAGUAAGGAAAGGCAACAAAAAGCGACCCCCCCCCC